CAGCUUUUCUCCUUGAACCUUUCUUUUCUUCACUUUACUCUUCACUUUACUCUUGCACCAUCUCUUAUCUCAGUAUUCCAUCGUGGUCAUCAUUCGAGGGCAUCUUUUGAGGUCUAUCGAGGGCUCUGUGGGCUUUGAUACCGAGGGCAUUCACAAGUUCAUCGCAGGUCUUGCUUGUCUAUUCCUGCCGUCCGGUCCAGUCCGAUUCAAUCACUGUGGGCUUGCGCGCUUAGCAGAUCUAUCUGCCAGUCACUUGCCAAGGCAUUUGACUCUUGAGGUCGAGGGCUCUGAUUCACUCUGUGGGUUGAGGGUUUUGCCAUACAAGCUAUUUUAGCCGCACUGCAAAAGAAUUUUCUGAGGGACGAAGUAAGAACUGAGGGUUUAAUAUCGUCAACAUGUCCAAGUCAAAGCCUACUUCUGCCGCCAAGGCAAAGUCGACCAAGUCCGAUGUUUUGAGCAAAGUCAAGGGCGCUGCUGUCGCAAAGCCUGCCCAAAGUGACAAGAACAAGAGCAAGGAAGUUGCCAAGAAGGCUGUUGCCAAAGAGGAGAAGAAGUCCAAGAAGGUCCCUGUCAAGGAGCCGACCCCAGAGUCCAGCUCCGAAGAGGAAGAAGAAGAAAGUGAGUCCGAAGAUUCAGAAGAUUCAGAGGAGAGCGAAAGUGAGGAGGAGGCCAAGCCCAGCAAUGGUGUCAAGGUCGCUCCUCAGGCUCAGUCCAGCGACGAAGAGUCUAGCGAGGAAUCCGAUUCCGAAGACGAAGCUCCCAAGGCUAAUGGAACUGCGCCCAAAGCAGUGAAGCCUGCCGAGUCUGAUGACUCCGAGGACGAUUCGGAGGAGGACGACGAGUCUUCCGAAGAGGAAGAGAGUGAUGAAGAGGAAGUCGCUGCUCCUAAGACAAACGGUACCAAGGCUACCAAGGCCGAUACCGAGGACAGUGAUGAAGAGGAAAGUGAUGACUCCGAAGAGGGUAGCGACGAGUCCGAAGACGACAGCGAAGACGAAGAAGAGGAGGUUGAGAAGAAGCCUGCCAACAAACGCAAGGCCGAUGACAUGGACGCUCCCGCUGCUAAGAAGAACAAGGUCGAUGCCGACGCCGACACCUCCAAGGGAUCCAACUUGUUCGUCGGUAACCUCUCCUGGAACGUCGACGAAGAGUGGCUGCGCUCAGAGUUCGAGGCUUUCGGCGAGCUCAGCGGUGUCCGUAUCAUGACUGACCGCGACAGUGGCAGAUCCAAAGGAUUCGGCUAUGUCGAAUUCGUCAAUGCUGCUGAUGCGGCCAAAGCCCAGGGUGAGAAGCAUGGUGCUGAUCUCGACGGCCGCGCCCUCAAUGUUGACUUUGCCAAUGCUCGUCCCAACAAGGACCAGCAGCAAGACAACCGACGCAAGUCCUAUGGCGAUCAGGUCAGCCAGCCCAGCGACACCCUCUUCCUCGGCAACCUCUCCUUCGACUGCACUCAGGAAGAUGUCACUGAAGCAUUCGGUCCUCAUGGCACUGUCAUGGGUAUUCGUCUCCCUACUGACCGUGAGACCGGCGCUCCCAAGGGUUUCGGAUAUGUCACCUUCGCUUCAGUCGAAGAAGCUCAAGGCGCGCUUGAAGCCAUGCAAGGCGGCUACAUCAAGAGCCGACCCGUCCGUCUUGACUACAGCCAACCUCGUCCCCAGAAUGAUUCUCCAGGUGGACGUGGAGGAUUCGGUGGUGGCCGUGGUGGCGGUCGUGGCGGUGGCCGAGGAUUUGGUGAUCGCGGUGGACGAGGCGGUGGUCGCGGUGGUGGCCGAGGAUUUGGUGAUCGCGGUGGACGAGGCGGCGGUCGUGGUGGCGGCUUCCGCGGUGGUCGUGGAGGCACUACCAACCGUGGUGGUUUCGGAGACUUCUCUGGCACCAAGGUUACCUUCUAA